GUGAGUGUGGAGCAGCUCCGCGCGCACAGACGACUCCUCUCCACGGGUCUGCGCGUGUCGGAGCAGUGUGUGAGUGACUUUAUGUGGACGCCAGUGAAUAUGUGUGAAUGAAAAACUCAUGUAACUAUUCUAGGAUUUUUCUGUGACGGAAUUAUUACAGGGAAGCUACGGAGAAGUCAAACUAUCUGAUGCUGCCCUCUGUUGCUGUGGAGAUGGAGGCCAGUCAUAUGUUGGAGGCUGCUCUGGAGCAAAUGGACGACAUUAUCGCAGGCUCAAAGACGGUAACAGUGGCGUCUUCGAGCGGUAUUUUCGAGCUGACUUCCCCAGGCGACUUUGGUCCACUGCGGGUGCUGAGACUGGCAGAGGACCUGAAAGAAGCCUUGGAGCUCCAGUUCAGUGCAGAGGAGAGGGAGGGUCUGAGAGAACAGCUGCCCACACACACCGCAGAUGCCCUGAUACAGUGGCUGACCAAUGGAGACGUGAAGCUCUGCCCUCCCUCCAACAAUGAAACUUACCAGGACCGACUGCUACGCCUAGAGGGAGACAAGGAGUCCCUGGUGUUACAGGUGAGUGUUCUGACAGACCAGGUGGAGGCUCAGGGCGACAAGAUUCGAGAUUUGGAGAGUUCUCUGAAGGAGCACAGACAGAAGCUCAUGUCCACUGAAGAGAUGCUACAACAGGAGCUCAUGAGCAGGACUUCACUGGAGACGCAAAAGUUGGACCUGAUGGAUGAAGUGUCAUACCUCAAACUGAAGCUUGUCAGUAUGGACGAGACCACUGUCAACGGGACCACAUCACCAACACUGGAGACUGGGGACGCCAACGCCAAGAACAACAAGGCUGAGUGUGUGGUGAACCUGAUCAGUGAGCUACAGGAGCAGAUGUGCAGGUUUCAGGAGGAGAUCAGCUGUAAGAUCCAGGAGAGGCGCGCCCUGGAGGAGCAAGAGGCCGGACAGUGCCCUCCUCACAGGGGUCACAGCCUGUCCUUCUCCGAGCCCCGGACCUCUCAGCAGCACAGCGGAGCACACGGCGGCGGCGUUCACGAUUUGCUUCAGGAAGUUAAAAAGCUGAAGAGCAGAGUGGACGAGCUGGAGGCAGAGAAGAGUCAGUAUGAGAGGAAACUCAGGGUCACCAAGGCUGAGAUCUCCGACCUGCAGCAGCUCGUAGCCUCCAAAGACGCAGAGAUCGAGUGCCUACAGACCCAGCUGUUGGCCAGAGGCGGAUCAGCCAAUGACAGCGCAGACAGAGACCAUGAAUACCAGAGACUCAAGGUCGGCAUGGAGACGCUUUUAGCAUCCAAUGAUGAGAAGGAUCGCCGAAUAGAAGAACUCACACUACUUCUCGCCCAGUACAGAAAGAUGAGAGAAAUUAUGGGGCUAACAUUAGGCAGCAGUGAGGAGGAGCUCAGCUGCAGUCCCAAACUCAGAGCCAUCACACAUAAAGCACACUCAGAUAUCAUCAGGUCAGGGAUGUCCUCUAGAGGAUCUUCACCCCUCAUGCUUUCAUCAUCUCCUUACCAGAGAGACCUGGAAAAUAGCUUUCAGAACUCUAUGGAGGUUUCUCUGAUGUCGGCAGGAGACCCAAGCUUAUUCAAUGGGUCAUGGCCUCAGCGUCGCCUCCUGUCCACCAGCCUAGAAGAACUGCAAAGUGGAUCCUUUAAGAAGGCCAUAGAGUUCCAGCCUGUUGAAACUGAAACUGAAGUAGUUACUGAGAACACCCACAUGGAGUUAAACAAGUACCAGACGUUACCAGGAAAACUGAGCAAAAAGAAAGCACAAAACAGGACGACAGAAGACGAUGGGGAAUACUUGUCUCCUGUCCAGCUAUCUCCUGUCCACAACCACGAUCAGAGCUACACUCCCAGACGCUCCGAUAAGUUGGACGAGUGUUUGCUGUCCGACCAGUCUCCUCUAUCCUCAGGAGUGGACUCAGGACAGCAGUCCCCAGUCUCCCCAGAAAACAGGAAGACCCAUCGGGGCAUCAGGAAAUUGUGGGGGAAGAUCCGACGCAGUCAGUCAGGCAGCCCCGUCCCUGUUCACGACUCAGACAUGGGCGACUUCAAGAGAGGCGGGUUUAGGGCCACAGCAGGACCAAGAUUAGCACGCCCCACAAAUGCAAGGGAGUUGAGGGGGCCGUUCUCUAAGUGGACAGUGGAGCAGGUGUGUGAUUGGCUGGAGGACAUUGGACUGGGUCAGUACAGCAGCUCGGCCAGACACUGGGGCUCCAAUGGGCAGACUCUACUGUCAGCCAGUUCACAGGAAAUUGAGAAGGAACUUAGUAUAAAGAAUCCACUUCACAGGAAAAAGCUGCAGUUGGCCAUCAGGUCGUUCAGUGGCAAACGGCAGGAAAAGUCUUCUGAUCUGGAUUACAUCUGGGUCACACGUUGGCUUGAUGAUAUUGGUCUCCCUCAGUACAAAGACCAGUUCAAUGAAGCCAGAGUAGAUGGGCACAUGCUGCAGUACCUCACAGUGAAUGAUCUUUUAUUCCUGAAAGUGACUAGUCAGCUCCACCACCUCAGCAUCAAGUGUGCCAUUCAUGUUCUGCACGUCAACAAGUUUAACCCAAACUGCCUCAAGCGUAGGCCCAGCAAUGAGAGCCAGUUCACACCCAGUGAGGUGGUGCAAUGGUCCAAUCACAGGGUCAUGGAGUGGCUCCGGUCAGUGGAUUUAGCAGAGUAUGCACCUAACCUGAGGGGCAGCGGAGUACAUGGAGGCCUCAUUAUGCUGGAGCCCCGGUUUAGCUCAGACACACUGGCCAUGCUUCUGAACAUCCCCCCACAGAAAACCCUGCUGAGACGCCACCUCAACACAAACUUCAACAGCCUGGUGGGUCCACAGGCUCAGCAGGAGAAGAGGGAGUACACAGAGGCGCCCGGCUACACCCCACUCAGCAUCACAGCUAAAGUCAAGCCAAAAAAGCUGGGCUUCUCAAACCUGGCUCACCUGAGGAGGCGGCGCCAGGAGGAGGCCACAGAUUACGUUUGUCCUGUGGAUUCGUCCUCCGCUCACUCUCUGUCCAACGGGACACAGGUACGGCCCUACACUGGCUUCAGAGGCCUAAGCCCCAUUCUGGACCGCGAUGAUCACCCCAGAGACCAGGUGGGACUGGACAGCAGGACAAUUGAUUCAUCGCCAUGACAACAGCUCUCACCAUGGACCAUCAAAAGCUGUCCUGCUUUGGCCCCUCCCCUUUUUCCUUUAACACCUCCCUCCCAACAUUGUCCUGGGCCUUGUGCUGAUCCUGUCCAGAGGAAGACGCCUUUUUAUCAGCAGCCCACUGCAGACUAACCCAGCUAUGCCCCCAUGUGGUCAUGAGCUGAUCUCAGGAUUAUUUCUUAAGGUUUUGUCACAGUGAAGAAGAGUGGACAUGCAUUGACAUCUGUAAACCAGUGUUUGUAUAAAUACAAACAAUAUUAUAGAACUUUAAAUGCACUGCUAAGUAUGUUUGUUAAAAAUACCUAAUGAUAAUAGAGCAGAUUUAAAAACGGUAUCCAGAGACCUAAAUGAACACAGAAGGUGCCAGCAGGACUGUCAUGUAACCUCAUGUAGUUAUGAAACUAGUUUUAUACCACAGUGAACACCUUAUUAGCUCAUUUUACUAUUAUAUAAACCAACAGGCAUAUCCUUAACAGAUUUUUGUGUAAAAUGUAAAUGGCAAUUUAUUCUCGGUUGUGUUUGUGAAGUACCACCAUAUAAAUAUGGUGCUUUGUUUGAGAUGGAUCUGUGCAAUAUUUGCAUAAAACAGGAGGAUCUAUUUAUGAUAGUCAGAUAUUUAUAUCACAGUAUUAUAAUGGCUGAGCAAACUGAGCAUGCUUGUUGAACACUAACCUGUGAUAUUUUGUAUGGUUAUUUUUCAUAUUUGACUGGAUUAGUAUUUUUAUAGUGAUGAACAUUCUCUUCCAAUGAAAACUGUAAAUUCCAGAUUUUCUUUUAAUAAAAAAACUACAAAGCA